CGGAAACAGGCCACUUCCGGAGUUUAAGCGUUCUUUGACUUUGGUUGUUAAGUAACUAUUGUUAGCGUUUGCGCAUUUAUAAUUUCCCCUUUCAUGGCGAAGAGGCACACCGACGACACUUUAUUUCCCCAAGCACCAGCGAAGAGAAAAUUCCGCUGUCUGUGUCGUGUUGUUGACUUGCGGCUUGAGAGCAUGGCGGCUUACGGGGGCGUGAGCCCGUCGCGCACGCUAGCUUUGUUGAGCGGUCGUUGCAGAAAAAGGCCACGUAGCUUGGAAGACUCGGAUGUACCCCAAGAAGCAGCGCCUCGGUGCCUCAAGAAGACAAACCCGGACGCGCACGACGGGAGUGCGUCACAUGCGCAGACGUGCGGACUUAAUCGUGAAGAUCUCAGAUCCUCCACGUCCAGAAAACGACGCCGACAAGAGUCCGUUCAAUUGGAGACCGCCACUGCUCAUCUUAACGAUAAAACAGACGCCGACUCUGAAGAUUGCAGUUUCAACUCUUUCCAGUACUGGAGGGCCCCUUUGCCUCAACUCGACCUUUCGCUGCUGGAAGAAACCACUGAACAUUGCCAAAUAAAACACAAUUCAAGUGUCGGAAACGCCUUGGAUGCAAUGGAGACCUGAAAAGAAAGCACAAAAGCCAAGGUUGUUGGAAAUAACAUGUAACAUUGUCCGUGUAAAGUUCUUGUUUUGAAACGUGAAGAGAGCAGGCGACACUUCCCCCAAAAGUUGUUUUUAUGGAAAGCCGUUGGCUCAUUUAUUCGAUAUCGUUGUCGUCCAGUUUUUUACACUACCGCCUUCCACCGUAUGACAAUUCUGCACACGAGUAGGACAACUACAUUUCAUGAGUGAUGCAAAACAGAUGUAGAGUUGACACUGUGCUACAGAAUUUUACAAUGUCAAUAUAUUGUUUUAAAAAAAUAAUAAUAAUUCUGAAGAGACUACAGCUAAGUCAACCCAAAUAGACCAAUUGUAAUUAACUGCACUGGUUAAAAAUGAAAGACUUGGAUGAAUGAGGACAUAGUUUAAAUAAGCAAUGUCACUGGUACCACAAGCAUGCGUUUUUCAACUAUUGCACAGUUUUGCUUCACUAUCUGUAGCAACAUAGUUGUCCUACUAGUAUGUCAUGGUUGUAGUAGUAGUCUACUAGUACGUUGUAUUAAGCUGUAUCCUGUUUUCAUCAUGUAGUGUUUGCUGUGGGAGAAGUGAGAAUGAGUGCGCCUGUUCAUCUUUAUACAUGCAUCAUCUGGCAAUGGACGUUUUUUUUUUUUUUUUUUCCCUUUUCUUUCUCCUUACCAGCCCAAACUUUUUUUGCCACCACCUGUUUUGAUUGAUAAUAAAGUUGGUAACUAUGAAAUGUG